AUGGCAGACCCCACCCAAUCGCAUGGCCACGGAGCCCAGAAACUCCCUUCCCCGCCAAAUGUUCGCAGUCCACUCUCGGCAGGCAGCGGUAGCGGAACCCCGAUCUCAUUCCAAACAAACGUGAAUCGCUCCAAAACAAAACGAUGGGUGGAAGCGAAACAAUAUUCUUACGACGGAGGUGACUGGGGUAGUGAUGACGACUAUGAAGAGGAAGAGGAGGAGGCGCCUCCCGCAGUACCUCGGCCUCCCUAUGCCACCCACAACACUGGGAGUUCGUCUGAGCUGUCCGCGAGGCGUUUGUCUGGCAUCGGAUUCGGAGCCGGGGCCGGUGAAUCAGCUCCGGCUGAUGGCAAAAAUACGACUGUUAGUGGAGGAGAUCAAAAGGCGCUUCCUUUCGUACGGCCGGCCGACCUCUAUAAACGCAUGCGCGAGGAGAAAGCGACACAGCAUCUGACGGGGUUGGGGUUCCACCUCAAACAAACCAGGAGAACCCUGAUCUGGGUCUACCCGGAAGUCAAGCGCAUGUCUAGCUUUGGUACCGAUUUCUUAGGUGGUGCAGAGUCCAACCCGCCAACGGAUAGCUCUGCAUCUCAGGAGCCCUCUUUGCACCACAACCCCUCGCCGGGAUUCAGAUCGGUAGUGCAUCAGGCCUUUGAUGUCCCAGAAACUCCGCAAUCCACUACCACUAGUGUCGCGCGGUCGAACAGUGAUGGCACUUCGACCAUCAGCCCUAUCAUGGGCGGUCGUACUAUGACCGACGAAAGGACACCCACCAUUCUCGAGGAGCCUAAUGAGUCGAGCUCCCCUAAGGCAACUGCGAAUGCGGUUCCAGGGUUUAACCCUGGUCAUCGCCGGGACCUGAGCCUUCCUAGUUCAGACAACAGUCCCUCGAGGAAACCUCAAGUCACAGACCAAGACACCCCAAUCGCGGGCCGUGCAGAAUUGUCCUCCAUUCCCCCACUCGAGAAUCCAUCUCCAGAAUCACCUGAUGCGGGGAUCUCUCCUCAGAAACCACCCAUGCAAUCAUACUCGAAUAAUGGGCUGGACAUGCCUGCCCCUCUCAAAUUCGGAAGUGCAUCUGGCCCUGACACCUUCCAUGGCGAAAUCCCCACCAUCAUGGGAGCCGAAGAAUCACCACAGAAUACUGACAAUGAUCGCUUGAGGGAGGAGAUUAUCCGAUCAUUAAGUCGGGAAGCCACCCCCUCGGACGACCCAGAGCCCAGCCACCAACCUCAGUCGCAGGCACCUGCCGAAUCCGUCCCACAACAGACUACGGUUUCCGAAAGCCACCCAGACUGGACUAGCCCGCCUCCUUUGACGUCUCAAGACCCUUAUCCGACCAGUCAAGGCGCGGCUGGUAACUUUUCAUCCAUGAUUGUCGAUCAGCCAAAGAAGCCCAAGUUAGAAAGACGGUUCUCAUGGGAGUCCUCCGAUUCGUCAGAAACAGAGCCGCCUCAAAUGCCCGGCAGCUAUUCAUCGCCCCCUCCUUUAGCCACAUCGUUAUCUAUGCAAAACCCUGAGCCUAUACGGGAGCAGUCCGCCCCGUUGGUGUCGGACGUGUCGCACGACCCGCUUGCUUCUGAGGAUGAAGUGUCCAGUACUCAGCGUGCUGUGGAAAGACCUCGACUUUCGAUUGUCCCACCUGUUCCGGAGAACAUUACACCACCGGAGCAAGUUAUGGGACCUGGGGCUACGCCACCUCCACAACUCCAAGCCCCUAACGUCGACAGCUCAUCCCUCGAUGAGUCUAAACUUUUGGGCUUCCGUGACAUUCUCGGCAUCACAUCUAUCAACCAGCGUAUCAAGUCUUUCGAACACACCCGCGACCAGUUCGCCACCAUCGACACUGGUUUGAAUCAUUGGCUAGAGUUCACAGUCCAUGAUCACCCCGAGCAUGCCGAUGUGGUCCAACAGAGCCAGAAUCUCUCCCCUACCGUGCCACUAUCAGAUCCUUCCCGCAUCAGAUUCCCUAAGUUGGGUGCUCUUUCGAAUCUCGGUUCCUUGAAUGACGGUACCCCGACUAACGCCACUCAUGUCCGACGUCCGUCGGGCCAUCUUGGUACAGUGAUGAACAAGGAUAAAGUCGGGGAGAAAGGGAAGGAGUUCCUCCACACUGCGGGAGCGUUUAGUGGCAAGGCAACUGGGGCAGCCAAGGGGCUGUUUGCCAAGGGCAGAAGCAGGUUCCGACCCAGUGGAGGUUCUGAGAAGGUUCAGUCAACUCAAAGUGCUUCUCGCCGCAGCUUUCAGUUCUCCUUCCCCUCAGGGACUGGUGAAGUGUCUGGUAACUCUUCUCUGCGAAACUCUGUCACAUUUGGCAGUCUGCCCAUCUUCAAAUCCGAGCGAACUGGGCUCAACUCCGAUCCUGAUCCACCGGUCAGCUUCUGUCUAGAUGGUCCACAGGGUGAACACAAUGGUGGCAAACGUGUCAAGGCGACCAAAUCGGGGAAUAAUAACCUGUCCCACGACCAUGUUGGCGAAACGACUGGGCAACGGGACCAACUGCCAUCUUCCAAUGGUCUCCCUCCUAAAACUGAAGUACCCGGGAAGUCUGCCUUUGCUGGAGAUUUGGAGCAGGAGAUGAUAGCUGCACUUGGUCUUUCGCCCACAGAUCCUCAUCCUCGAAGGGCGGCAAGUACCCCGACGGCGUUGAAUGCAUUUAGCCAAGUAAAUGGCGGGAAACGGCAAUUCACAGAGCCACUGCCGCAACAGGGAGAAAGCACAGCUGGCAAUCAGUCUGACGCUGAAGCGCCGGCGAGCAAAGACCCAGUCGCAGGGAAGAGUUUGCCAGUCAUUCCUGAUGAGCCUUUUCACGUCCCCGUUCCGGUUGUGAACAGCCACGGACAUCAGCCAAGCAAGUCUACACCGGAGAUAGUUACUCCGUCAAUCCGUCCAGUGCUUGAUGAAAGUCCUAAGCCCCCUUCGCCGCCUCCCAAGGAUAUUGGUAAUGGGCUUGCACCUAGCCAGGGUCAUAGACGCCAGCCCUCUGUCUCAACACUCGGGCCUGACGAGCAAGCCGGACGUACAUCCAACGAGGAACUCGACAGGGAUCCCCCUUCUCCUUUGCAAGAGACAGCAAACGAGGUAGUACCAGAACCCCGGUAUAAAAACAAGGUUGAGCAAUCUGCGGAUGACGCUCCUGGCUCAUUGGCAUCCGCUCAAAAGAAGAGAAGGUCUUUCAUACCUUUCUAUCCGUCAGAGUUCACAAGCUCUGCCGAGGUCCUCGAGUCCAAAAGGAAAUCGAUCAGCGGCCUACCUCCCUCUGUUCCCGAUGUGCAUAGCCCCUUGAGAAACGAAGUCAGAUACUCGCCGGGAACCCGAAGCAGUAUGCUGAGCUUCGGUAGCUUCGGAAAGCAGAGUGCCAACGGCAAAGGGACUCGCCCGUCCACACCUGCUAACGCGUUCGGAAUCGGGGUCUCCUGCAGGAAUGGGGAGUCCACUAUUGGAAAACUGAAGGAGUUUGGGAGACGACGACGCGCUUCAGUGGGAGACCUCCUCUCUGGUAUUCAACUACAAGGGCCCCAGGCGCCCCAAGAAGGCCAGCGGAAACGAACAUUCAGCAGGAUUAGCGUACUAUUUGGCCGCCAAGACUCUCAAGAUGCUGGAAGGAAAUCGACCGACCACAAAAGGACUACAUCAGAGCAGCUGCAAAACAAAUAUUUGCCGGCACGUCCGUCGACAACUGGAAAUCCAAAUACUAGUGUUGCUGCACAGGAUGAACCACCGGUCCUCAGCAAUCCAUUUGAACAAACCCUGUUGCCAACUCAGCCCCCUGAGCCUAGGGCACCACCACCGCCACCACCGAGCGACGCAAAACCGCCACGCGAUGAUCGUCAACGUGCCAGUAUAUCACUUCCAUCCAGUUCAUCAUCCAACUCCCUGGCGACUGGUCGGUUUUACUCGCAGUUCCGGUCUGGAUCCAUGAAUGAAACACCCAACGGCUCUCGCCAUGCUAGCACACUCAGUCAGCCCCUGCCAGAUCAUUCCCGGUCACCGUCUCCCAUGUCAUUCCAAGAGAAUAGAGCUGCACCUUCACUGUCACCGCUGGAAGAGUUACAAGACCACCAGAUACAUCAACUGCAGACAGAGGAGCAACACAAGCAAAAGGCCCAGCAAAACAAAAACGGAGACCCGCAGUUAGGCACCCUGAAUGAGAACCAGGAACAGGAGGAGCAUGAGGAACACAAAGAUCGCAUGCUUGGGGAGCCUCUUCGACACGAACUAUAUGGGGAGAUAUGCGACCCUCCGACAAACAGGCAAAACAACCCGGAACAAGAGCACGAAUUACAAGGCAAUAUCAAACAGCAAAGUCUAGCUCCUCAGCUCAGCAUCCGAUCCCGAAAGCCAGUGGUUUCAGACUCGGCAUGCCCAGCCUCGGAGAACCCUGCACCCCGCAACAUCGCCGUCUCGAACGCCUCCGCGAUAUCCGCGCAUCCUCACCGCAGUGAGGACGAGGCUCGUGUAGUCAACAAUUCGCCUCAGCCAGUUGAGCUUGCCAUCACCGCGGACAACUCUAGCGAGGAGAUCGUCAUGUCCCCCACGUCCUACCCUGGACAGGAGUGGACGCCCAUGCAUUUGUAG